AGGAAGGAGUACACUGAACUCUCAACACGCUUCCUGCAAACAACUCGCUGUAAACGACCCAAACAAAGACAGGACGGGUGUAAAUUUGGAUUAUUUGACAGUUUGUGAUUUUGAGAACGUGUCAUGAUUCGGUAAAGAUGCACUGAAGAGAGAAACGAUGGAAGUGGAGGAGACUGGUGACAAAAGGACUUCCUGGUCCGGCGUGCCAGCAGAGGGACACUCAGUCCUCUGUGAUCAUGCAGGGAAGAAGAGAAAACAAGACCCUGAACCUGUGAUCAGAAUCUCAGAGGACGAGGAGGGCGAGGAUGAGUGUGAGAUGACGUCUGACCUGAAGGAAUCGGAGGAGCCCAGUAACAAGAGGGUAAAACCUGUGGCAAAGUCCAACAGCCUGACCGGCGUCUUAAACCCUGUGAAGACCCCUGCUCUGAAGCGCAUCGGCCAGUCUAUUUCGCGGUCUAUUAGUUUUCGUACAGAAGCUCGACCUUUGCCCACAGCCCCCCUGCGUUCACGGACAAAGGCCUCCUCGUUUCCACGUCGCCGCAACAGCCAGUGUUGGAGUGACACCGUGGAAAGUCACGAUCUGACCGCAAAGGAAAUCAAACGGCAAGAGGUCAUCUACGAGCUCACCCAGGGAGAGAGACAGCUCAUCGAGGACCUCAGUUUGGUUAAGAAGGUGUACUACGAGCCCAUGCUGAAGUUGGACAUAAUGACAGAGAGUGAGCUUGGGCAGAUCUUCGGGACUCUGGACUCACUCAUCCCCCUCCAUCAAGAUCUGCUGACUCGUCUUGAGCGCCUGAGAGGAUCAGAGAAAACGGUUGGAGAGGUGGGGCCGACUUUAAUGAACUGGUUUCCUUGCCUGGAGGCGUAUGUUACAUACUGCUGUAACCAGGUGGGAGCCAAAGCUUUGCUGGACCAGAAGAAGCACGAGAAAAGAGUGGAGCACUUUCUGCGUCUGUGUCAGGAGUCCUCGUUCAGCAGGAAACUGGACCUGUGGAACUUCCUGGAUCUCCCUCGGAGCCGUUUGGUCAAGUACCCUCUGCUGUUGAAGGAGAUACAGAAGUGCACUCCGCCAGACCACCCCGAUGAAGACACGCUGCCGGACGCUUUGGAGUUGAUCCAGAGCAUCGUGGCGGAGGUGAAUAAGAAGACGGGGGAAGCAGAGUGUCAGUUCUACAGGCGCGGCCUUUCCUACCUCGAAGAGGGCCAGAGAGUGCCAGAGAUCCAGCAGUCCCGCUUCCUGUACUGCCACGGAGAACUCAAGAACAAUAAGGGCCAGCGGCUGCAUGUGUUCCUGUUCGAGCUGGUGUUGGUGCUGACGAGACCAGGAGAGGACAAGGACGGCGGUCAGGUGUUUAAUGUGUACCGGCAGCCUCUGCCCAAUGCCCUGAUAAAUCUGGAGGAGAUCCCAGACGGCGAGGCUGCUGGAGGGGGCACCUUCAGAGGAGCCUUCACAGGGGGAAACGAUAAAGUGAAGAAUUGUUUCCGCGUGAGCAGCAGAGGGCGCGCCAAAGCUCACUCGUACAGCCUGCAGGCCAACGACUCCUUCAGCAAGCAGCAGUGGAUCACCUGUCUGCGCCAAGCCAUCGUCCAGUCACGUGACAGGACAGCCCACACCAGCCAGUCACAGCUGUCCCCUCACCACGAUCCCGCCCUGUAUCACAUAGCCGAGCUCAGCCUCAGCUCGGACACAGAAAUGGCGGACCACACCAGCCGCUGACUGUCAGACUGAGCAGCACGUGUACAUUGACUGUCUGCGAAUGAUGAAUGUGUUUAGAUAUUUUCAACGAUAUUAAUGUUCUUGUUUUAUUUUUUCUGUCUGCAACUGCAGUGAUCGCUGUAUGAAGUGAGAACAGAACUGAAUGUGAAUUUACCAAAGAAAAAAUUUGUUUUUGAGUUUGUAUAAUUAAUAAACUGACACGUAAAAGAUUGUUGAGGCACUCGUGGGAAAGUACACAAAGACCAGUCUAAGUAUAGCCAACAAGAUCUACAGAGAAAGAUUAGAGCUGAUUAUCCUCCAUCCCUCCCUCACACUCUCCCUCCUCUCACUGACGCCGGUGACAGGACAGAGGUAGACUUUCAGCUCGAGCCAACAGCCACACGCUGAAACAGUAGACGUCCCCUUAUGCAUUUUUAACAGCUCAGCAGAUGAUGGGAACAGUUGGGUUGGGACAGUUUGUCCACAGAUAGAGUGACCGAGUGAUCAGCUGUAAAUGUCAUUUUUCUGAAAAGGAAAAAGUUCUCCAUCAUACUUCACUCACCAAAGAGGUGGAUUACUUGUGAGACAGAUUAGGCCUGUGUGAGACCACCGCGUCCGGCUCACCUCUGAGUCUGAAUGUCAAAUAAAUUAGGAAGAACAACUUUCCCCAUCUCAGGCGCAAACCAUCUGGCUAGGAUUUCUUUGGGAAGACCACCUUUCUAUCUCAGGACCCAUCCUGUCAGCGACU